AUGGCUAGAUCUGGUGAAGUAUUCCAUUUUAAAAUCUUGAUCAUUGGAGAAUCGAGUGUUGGAAAAAGUAGUUUAAUGACUCGGUUUGUCGAUGAAACAUUUCAACCAACAUUUGUCCCAACCAUAGGGGUUGAUUUCAAAGUUCGAACAUUAAUUAUUGACGAUUAUCAAUGUAAAGUGCAAAUAUGGGAUACGGCCGGUCAAGAACGUUUUCGAGUAAUAACAACGACGUAUUAUCGCGAUGCAGCGGGAGUAUUGAUUGUUUAUGAUGUCACAAACGGUGAUACAUUUUCGAAAGUUCGUCGAUGGACUGAUGAAAUUAAUAAAUAUUGUGAUGAAACCAUAGCAAAAGUCUUAGUGGGUAAUAAAGAUGAUGAUGAUGUAUCAUCGAAUAAAGUUGUAUUAACUGACGAUGCCCAACAAUAUUCUAGACAAAUGAAUUUACCUUUCUUUGAAACAAGUGCACGAGACAAUAAAAAUGUUGAUAAAGCAUUCUACGAAGUGACACGUUUAGCACUUAAAAAACGUUUAGAAUCCCGAUUAAUACAAGAUAACAAUAAAAAAAAUAGUAAAGACAAUUUAAAUUCAACCGGAGCAUCGAUCAGAUUGAAUAAUAGUGCAGGAGGAAGAAAACAUAAAAAAGAUAAAAUAAAGAGUAGUAGUUGUUGUAAAAAUUAA